UGGCGUCUUUUCACAAGAAAUGACACUUUUCCUUUUUCUUGGUGUUUUACUACUGACAUCAACCAUCGCCGAACGUGUCCUUGAUCAGGAUAAGAUCGACUGCUACCCUGAAGUUGGAAACCAAACUCUUUGCGAGUCUCGGGGAUGCACAUGGGAGCAAUCACGCACCGAGAGUGUUCCUUGGUGCUUUUUUCCAAAAUCAUACCAAGGUGGAUACAAGAUUGAAGGUGAUGUGCAGGAAACACAGUUAGGUUACAAAGCUACACUAAAAAGACGCUCUGCCAGUACCAUAUAUGGACAAGACAUAGAUGAGGUCACACUUGAUGUAGAGUUUCAGACAAAUGAUUGUAUUAGGUUUAAGCUCUAUGACACCAUAAAUCAGAGAUAUGAGGUACCAGUACCUAUGCCAAAGAGGACGUCAAAGGCUUCAGAUCCGAAGUACACAGUUGCCAUUGAAAAGGAUCCAUUCUCUUUAAAAAUAAUACGAAAAGACAAUGAUGCUGUAAUCUGGGACACCUCUGUCGGCCCAUUCAUAUUUGAAGACCAGUACAUACAGAUCUCCUCUCAGCCCCCUUCGACAUUCGUGUAUGGGUUUGGUGAACACGAGCACAAGUCAUUAAAACAUAACUUGUCUGCCUGGGGGGUACUUCCUAUCUUCGCCAGACGUCAGCAUCCAUUUAAUGGGGGAAAUUUGUAUGGGCAUCAUCCUUUCUACACUUGUAUAGAGAAUGAUGGCAAAUCUCAUGGAGUUUUUCUGAUGAACAGUAAUGCCAUGGAUGUUGCCUUGCAACCAAAGCCAGCUAUUACAUAUCGAACAAUUGGAGGAAUUCUUGAUUUCUACAUUUUCCUCGGUCCUUCCCCUGAGGAUGUCAUCAAACAGUAUACUGAGGCUAUUGGACGAACAUUUUUGCCACCAUAUUGGUCGUUAGGAUUCCAGCUAUCUCGUUGGGGUUACAAUAAGACUGAGAUGUUGAAGGGCGCGGUAGAGAGCAUGUGCAAACACGACCUUCCACAGGAUGUACUGUUUAGCGACGUUGACUACAUGAUCCGACAGAAAGACUUUACUUAUGAUCCUGUCAACUUCAAAGGUUUGCCUGAAUUUGUUCGGUCCAUCAAGAAGGAUGGUUUGCAUUACAUCAUUAUACUGGACCCUGCUAUUGGAGUCAACGACACUGGUUAUCGUCCUUACGACUGGGGAAACGAACUUAAUGUGUUCAUCAAAGAUGGCGACUCUGGAGAAAACCUACUUGGGAAAGGAUAUGCGAAGGUGUCGGCGAAAUUUGAAAACGUCACAGUGAACGGUAGCUUGCCAAAGCUGUCUCGUCAGCACGUCAUAUUUCCAGACUAUUUCCACCCAAACAUCAGUAAAUACUGGGGAGAACUCAUCAAGGACUUUCACAACAUCAUUGAGUUCGACGGAUUGUGGAUUGACAAGAAUGAACCCGCCAACAUUGUUCAUGGUAGUGUGAGUGGAUGCAGCAAAAACAAGUGGGACUAUCCACCUUAUAAACCAAGGACUUUCGGGAACGUCAUGGCGGAUAGGACUGUAUGUAUGAAUGCAAAACAAACCAACCAUCUACAUUAUAACGUUCACAGCUUGUACGGCUGGAGUCAGACAUUGAUCACUCUGGACGCUGCCAGGCAAAGCACAGGAAAAAGAAGUCUGGUGAUUUCAAGAUCGACUUUCCCCAGCAGUGGAAAAUAUGGCGGGCAUUGGCUAGGAGACAACAAGGCAUCAUGGGACCAGCUUCACACGUCAAUCAUUGGUAUGCUCGAGUUCAACCUCUUUGGUAUUCCUUACGUUGGAGCGGAUGUGUGUGGUUUCUUUAAUCAUCCGACAAGCGAGAUGUGCCUUCGAUGGACUCAACUUGGCGCCUUUUAUCCUUUCUUCAGAAACCACAAUGAAAAAAGGAACAAGGCACAAGACCCUACAGCAUUUGGCGAGGAAUUCGCGAAUAAGGCGCGUAAAGUACUUCAGACACGUUACAGGUUACUGCCAUUCCUGUACACGUUGUUUUACGAGGCACAAAUGGAUGGCUCCACAGUGGUACGACCUGUAAUGCAUGAGUUUGCAGAUGACAAAGACACUUGGGAAAUUGACAGGCAGUUUCUCUGGGGACCAUCCUUGCUUGUUUCACCAGUCUUAGAAGAGAACAAGACGACUGUUGAUGCAUACUUCCCAGAUGAUCGUUGGUUUGAUUAUUACACGGGUAAAGCGAUGAGCACUCGUAAAGGUCACGUGACUUUAGACGCCCCCCUUGAUCGCAUUCCUCUUCAUGUACGAGGCGGUUACAUUAUCCCAACCCAGGAACCUGCCAACAACACUGCUUUCAGUCGUAAGAAGCCCAUGGGUCUGAUUGUAGCACUGGGAGAUGAAGGAGAAGCUACAGGACAGCUUUUUUGGGAUGACGGAGAAUCCAUUGACACCGUAAAAAAUAACAAAUACCUGGUGAUAAAGUUUUCAGGUUUCAAGUCUGGGCUGAAAUGUACCGUCGAGAAGAAUGGUUACUCAGCUGCAGACCUUCCUAAAUGGGGCUCGGUAACAGUGUACGGACUUGAUGCAGACGAUAUCAAAUCACUGAGUGUCGAUGGACAAGAUAUGCAAGAUAAAGCUACCUAUGACAAAAGCAUCAAGGUCUUGAAAAUCACUGGUCUGUCACUCAACAUCAACGAGAAACACGAGAUUGAUUGGACCAUGCCUCAUCAGGAGCUAUAGCCCCGAUUAUGUCUAGUGUUUUGUAUGUAAAGUUGGACUGAAAUUGAAAUUGAAAUCAAUAUAUAUAAAAUUAAAAUUUACAUUGAAUUAAAGCUUACUACAUAAAUGAUAAAUAGUGUAAUGUAUUUUUUAGAUAUUUUCAGCCUUAUAUUAACUUGGAAAAAAAACAAGGGAAAUGAAAUCACUUAAUUAAGCUUGUACAUGUGCAUCGGUUACUUUUUUCAGUAUGUGUAUUGUGCGUAUUCAAUUUAUAAGUAGCGCACGUAAGUUUGAAGUCAUUAAAAAAUGUCUGGCUCGUGGUUUUACCCAAAGGGAACUGGGAACCAAGUGCUUCGUUUGUAACUGCUUCCUUUUACUGCAGCAUAGCAAGGUUACCCAAGCAUAGUAUUUGUAUAUUUAUGACAUUUUGAAAAUGUUAAAGUCUGUAUAAAAAUAAAGUUCACGAAACUAAA